AUGGCAUCUCGGAUCACCACGUCUCUUGUUGGAUCCGCUGCGGUGUGCGGCAUCAGCAGUAGCUCCAGCAGCACGCGCCACGGCGCUAACGUCUUGGAGAUGUGGCGGCGCGCGAUUGCAUGGCGCGUGGGGCGCUUCAGCGAGAAAGAGCAGUGCGCUAUCCACCCCCCCCGUGCGUCGCUCGGCUUCUCCCCUCUGCGACCCAAGCCCGUGGCUAAGCCGCCCAGCAAGAAGCCCAGGCCCAGGGAUGUGAUGGGUACCGCUGCUGCUGUGAAGCCCAGAGCAGUGCACAGCGGUCAAGCGACCGUCGCAGCUGCAGCAACCAAAGCCACGGCAGCUAAGGCGACACCAGCAAAGACGACGGAAGCUAAGCCGACUUCAGUUAAGGCAACGCCAGCUAAGGCGACGCCAGUUAAGGCGACGCCAGCUAAGGCGGCGCCAGCUAAGGCGACGCCAGCUAAGGCGACGCCAGCUAAGGCGACGCCAACUAAGGCGACACCAGCUAAGGCGACGCCAGCUAAGGUGACGCCAACUAAUGUGACGCCACCAACUAAGGCCGUGCCAGCUAAGGCGACAGCAGCUAAGGUGACAGCUGCAAAGACGACGGAAGCUAAGGUGACGCCUGCUAAGGCGACGCCCAUGGCACCAGCUAAGGCGACACGUUCUAGCCCUACUGCCGCGGGUGUUGUGGGAGAGACGGGAGGAGAGGUGGAGGAAUGUGGUGAGCUGGAAUGGGGAGGCAUGGCAUGA